GUUCGAGGACUUGCGCGUGUAGCCUCUUUAACUCUUCUAUAUCAUCGUUUUCUUCAUUCCUUAGGUUUGUGUUUGUGUUUGUGAAGAAGCUGAACCAAACAUGCCCUUAUACUUGUCGCUUAUAGCUUCGUAGCGUGUGGUGGGAUAUGCAAUUUCUCCAAUUCUAGUUCAACCUAUUUACUUCACGCGAUUGAUUACCAUGCCACCUGUUACAUAAAAGAGAAUAGUGAGUUCUUACUUCUUAGUUUACGAUCAGAGAGUUUGGUGGUGACCAUCAAUGCCCCAAAUUUCUGCAUGAUCCCCAUGUACCCGCAAACGAAGAGACAAUGAUAGAGGGAACAAAAAGAUGAGUUCUGAAUUGGUGGACUAAUGUGACAUGACCAUGGUAGGUUUGGAGUACAACAUCGAUGAUCUGUUUCAAGAAGCUAAGAAACGAUGGCUCAAGCCUGUCGAAGUGCUUUACAUUUUACGGAAUCACGACAUGUGCGAGCUUACCCACCAGCCCCCUCAUCAGCCAGCUGGCGGAUCCCUAUAUCUGUUUAAUAGAAGAGUCACGCGUUUCUUCCGCAAAGAUGGUCAUAACUGGCGGAAGAAAAGAGACGGAAGAACUGUGGGAGAAGCACAUGAACGGCUUAAGGUUGGAAAUGAAGAAAUCCUAAACUGCUACUAUGCACAUGGAGAAGAGAACCGUUCUUUUCAGAGACGGAGCUAUUGGAUGUUGGAGCCGGAAUAUGAGCAUAUUGUUCUGGUGCAUUAUAGAGAAACAAGUAAGGGGAAAUCCAACUCUGAGCCUUUCACACCAUUGUCGUCAGGUUCCCCUCUUGCUUUUAGUCAGAGUCAAAGCCUGUAUGCUGCUCACGACCCAGGGACAUCAUCCGUGUUUGGUGAUUCAUAUGAACUUAAUCACAAUUUCUCUAGUCCCGGGUCUUUAGAAGUUACAUCUGAAGCACAAGCCUUACGCCAAUUGGAAGAAGAGCUGAAUAUAAAUGAGGACAGCUUCAAUGAAAGGGUGAUUUAUAAUGAUACGUCUACUACUUUGUCUGGACCAAAUGAUCAAGGGCAUCUUUUUGUUAGAUAUAAUGGAAGACAAGAUAACAGUGACACAUACUGUCAUGACUUCCCUGAUGAUUAUCCUGAUGGAAAUGAAAAAACUAUAUACUGGACCGAGGUGCUUAAAGCAUGCAAGCCCUUGCCUGUGACCAAUAUACCAGAUCAAUAUGGAUAUGAGGCAUUUGAAAAUGAACGGUCAUUAUUUUCUCCAGGAAGGGAAAUGAUUGCCAACAUGGAAAACAAUCAGUGGCCAAACUCCAACUGUAAUAAUGUUGAGAACUCUGUUUUUGCACUUCCUCAAGGCGACAGUGGAGUCAAAUUUCCUCCAUGUUCUCUGGUAGAAAAUCCAGUAACUACCUUUGACUACUGUGAAAUAGUUUUUGACCAAACCCAAAUUCAAGAACCUCUGGGUGUAGAUUCAAGCUUGACUGUUGAACAGAAACAGAAAUUUACAAUUAGAACAGUCUCCCCAGAAUACUGCUAUGCCACUGAGACCACAAAGGUUGUCAUCAUUGGAUCAUUUCUCUAUCCUCACCCGGGUUCUACUUGGGCCUGUAUGUUUGGUGAUGUUGAAGUUCCUGCUAAGAUUAUUCAGGAUGGCGUAAUCAGUUGUGAAACUCCUUCCAAUCUUCUUGGAGAGGUUAAGUUGUGCAUCACUUCCGGAAAUAGGGUGCCUUGCAGUGAAGUGAUUGAGUUUGAGUUUCGAAAUAAGACUACUAGUUGCACUCGCUGUAAUUCAUUGGAAACAGAAGAUGGUAGAAGUCCAGAAGAUCUGCUAUUACUUGUUCGAUUUGCAGAGAUGCUCCACUCUUCUUCAUCUAAAAAGGAUGACAGCACAGAAUCUGGAAGUCGCCUUUCAACAGAACAGAAAGAUGGUGAUGAUUCAUGGAGCCAUAUGAUUGACACUCUUCUAGUUGGCAGUGGAAAAUCAUCUGAUACUGUUAACUGGCUUCUAGAAGAGCUGCUGAAGGAUAAGCUGCAGCUCUGGCUCUCUAACCGAUCCUAUGAAAGAGAUGAAGGGACAGACUGUUCUUUGUCCAAGAAAGAGCAGGGAAUUAUACACAUGAUUUCUGGGUUGGGUUUUGAGUGGGCCUUGAAUCCCAUUCUCAGUUGCGGUGUGAAUAUAAAUUUCCGUGACAUCAAUGGAUGGACAGCCCUUCAUUGGGCUGCAAAAUUUGGGAGGGAAAAAAUGGUUGCAUCACUUAUAGCUUCUGGUGCAUCUGCUGAAGCGGUGACAGAUCCAAGUUCACAAAAUCCAAGCGGUGAAACUGCUGCAUCUGUUGCAGCCUCCCAUGGCCAUAAGGGACUGGCAGGUUAUCUUUCUGAGGUACACCUAACAAGCCACUUGUCAUCCCUCACUUUGACAGCGAGUAAGAUUUCGGAAGGAUCUUCUGAGCUCGAAGCCGAGUUAACUGUCGGCAGUGUCUCUGAAGAAAAUAUCGUGGCCAGUGAGGAUCAGGUUUCACUAAAAGCUUCCUUGGAUGCUGUCAGAAAUGCAACUCAAGCAGCUGCACGGAUACAAGAUGCUUUUCGUGCACAUUCUUUUAGAAAACGGAAAGCAAGAGAAGCUGCUGCAGCUGCUGCUGCAGCAGCAUGUCUAGAUGGAUAUUGUAUUGAUCCAGGUUGCAACAAUGAUAACAUGUCAGUGCUUUCUGCCAUGUCAAAACUUAGUUCUCGGAGCUUGGGUGAUUACAAUUUAGCUGCCUUGUCGAUUCAGAAGAAAUAUCGAGGUUGGAAAGGUCGCAAAGAAUUCUUAGCAUUGCGCCAGAAAGUAGUUAAGAUACAGGCCAUUGUGAGGGGUUACCAGGCUCGGAAGCAAUACAAGAUACUAUUAUGGGCAGUUGGAAUCCUGAAUAAGGUUGUGCUACGAUGGAGGAGAAAACGCGUUGGUAUAACUAGUGUCCGGCAAGAAGUGGACUCAAAUGAAGAAGAAAGUGAUGAUGAAGAUUUUCUCAACGUGUUCCGUAAAGAGAAAGUAAAUGGAGCAAUUGAGAUGGCUUUGAAGCGGGUGCUUUCCAUGGUCCGUCAUGAGGAUGCUCGCCACCAAUACAGGCGCUUGCUUUCAUUGUAUCGUCAAGCCAAGACUGAACGUGACAGUACAAGUGAUGAAGCACCGUCAUCAACUUCGGAAGAGGAUCCUCUCAAUAUGGAAGACGAUGAUUGGGAUCUGUUAUGGCAAAAAUUAUGUGCUUAGGAUGUUUUAUGUCUCUUUGGUGAUAAAUUUCUGGCUUUCUGUGUACUUGGAUGUGUAGGUACAAGAUUGAUUGAGGUUUUAGUUUGUAAAACAGUAUAGAUUGUAUAGUGUGAUAAAGGCGGUGGACACUCUUUUCAUGUAUAAAGUUGCCUUCACUGCUUUGGGGUAGUAGUAAAGGGUUUCAAAUUGA